CAGCAGGCAGCGUUGACACCAGCAGGUCAUCUCACCCGAUGAACACAAAGCCGCUCGGGACUGAUCAUGACACAGCAGGAGCAGCAGGAGUUCACGGAGAGCCUGGAAGUGGCCCUCUCCUGGAUGCGGGCCAUCCAGGAGAGGCUGAAGGCCAAUGACAACACCCAAGGGCCCCGUGAUGCCCUGGAGGCCCGACUCAGGGAGACAGAGAAAAUCCAUCAGUCGGAGCACGAAGGUCGUGUGAAGAUGGACAUGGUGCUGGUGGCAGCCGAGAACCUCCUGCAGAGCGGAGACGAGGAGCUGAGGAACCACACCCACGCUAAGCUGAAAGAUCUGAAGAGCCUGUGGGAGGAGACCUGCACCUACAUCAUCCACUGUCACAGUCGUAUCGAGUGGGUGUGGCUCCACUGGAGCGAGUACCUGAAGGCCUACGAGGAGUUCGAGCUGUGGCUGAUCAGGCAGCAGCGCAGCCUGGACGUUGGGGUGGAGCUGCAGCUGGACGUGAAGGAGAAACUUUGGCAGGUGGACCAGCAGAGGGUGACGGUGAGCGACAUCCACGGGCAGGCGGCGCUGCUGGAGAGGCUGCUGGACGAGGCUGCCGCGCUGCACAACAGAACCCAGGACGCCAGCGUGGAGCCUCAGGCCCAGGAGAGGCUGCAGGAGGCCUACAACGACGUCAGGGACAGAGCUGAGGAGCGUCUGUCGCUCCUUCAGAAGAUCGCUGAGGAGCACCAGACGUACCAAGGCUGUGUUCAGAGGUUCCAGUCCUGGCUGCUGUCAAAGACCAAGGAGCUAACUGAUCUGAUGGAGAGGGAGGAAACGGCUGAGAACAAACUCAGAGCCUUACAAGCUCUGGACGACAGCGUGGCCGGCGAGGAGAAGACCCUUCAGCACAUUGAGGGUGUGGCGGAGGCGGUGAGGGGCAGCACCUCUCCUGGGGGGGCCGACGUGGUGGUGGAAGAGGCAGAAGAGCUGAGGCUGGGCUGGCAGAGGCUGAGGCAGGGCCUGUGCGAGGCCGAGGAGGGUCUGCGCUCCAGCCUGGACUCCCACAGUCAGUACAUGACCCGGUGCCAGCGGCUAGGAGAUAACAUCGGGCGCCUCAGGGUGCUGCUGCAGGGGCUCGACCAGGAGCUGGUGGAGGGCCGCGAGGCCGGGGACUGCACCGACCGCACCGAGGAGCAGAUGGUGGGCCAGUGGAGGAAAUACACGGGUGUGAGGAAUACUCUGGCAGGGGAGGAGUCCCAGGUGGAACUCCUCAAGACUCAGCUUAAGGAUCUCUUCAGGUUCUCAGUGGACUCACGACACCUUUCUGAUGACGUCCUGGCUGUGGUCAAAGAGCAUCAAAGUGUGAAAUCCAGAGCGACCAGGCUGUGUUCAGAGUCGGAGUCCGGCCUGAGGAACAUCCUCCAGGACCCGCUGCUGGUCUACGCCCAGUGGAGCCACAUGGUCUCACAGGUGCUGGAGGCUUCUGCCGAGGUGACCGACUUCUCCCACAUCGCCAUGCUGGUCCAGAACAUAGAGCGUCUGCUGAGGGACAGCGUCCAGCUGCAGGAGCGUUUCAGCUUGCUGCAGGUGAAGGGAGAACUGCUAGACUCUGUGUUUGGUCCUGAGAGGUCUGACGGUCUGCAGGGGGAACUGAGCACUGCCAUCAAGAACAGAGAGCUGCUGCACACCCAGCUGCUGCAGAGGAAGAGCAGGCUACAGGGCUUAAUAUCAAGAACCAAGGACUUUGGUGACGCCUUCGAGCUGAUUCGCUCUAAACUGGCCCACCUCCGAGACCGAGUGUUGGCGGCAGAUGGUCUCCAGCCUGACAUCCUGGCCAAGAAGAGUCAGUCCGACCAGUUCAGGGUGAUCCAGAAGGACCUGGAGGACUGUGAAGCCCACAUCACAGCCCUGGAGACCCUGGUCUCCUCCAGUCAGAGCAACAGGACUCAGUUUGAUAGACUCUAUGCCGACUGGAGACAUCUGCACAAGGCAGUCAGGGUGAAGGUGGAUGAGAGCGAGGACAACAUCGCAGAUCACGAGAGCUUCCACGACAGCCUGCUGAACGUAGAGAAGUGGCUGAUGAUCAUGAAGCAGAAGCUGGAGUCCUUCCACAGCUCGUCAGGAGAGUGGAGCGUCGAGGGCCGCCAGCACGAAGCUCAGAGAGCUCUGGGAGAGUUCCCAGAGAAGGAGCUCCAGCUGCAGCAGAUGGAGGUCCAGGGUCAGGGGGUUCUGGAGAGGACUUCAGAGGAGGGACAGAUCCACAUCGUGCGAGACAUGAAACGGCUUCGAGAGUCCUGGUUGGCCCUCUACAACAUGAGUCUGAAUCUCCACAGGCUGCUGAACAGCUCUGAGGAGCAGACAGGGUCUGACUCAUGGAGAGUUGGAGGCACAUCCCUAACAGCAGAGCUCAGUGUGGGGGAGGAGGACGGUCAGGCCGGAGGCUCCAGGAGCCAGAGAGGCCAACGACGCGACCAGCCAGCAGAGGUGUAUGGAGCUGCUUCUGGUUCUGGGCCUGGACGAGGAGGAGGAGGAGGAGGAGGAGGAGGCCUGGAGGGAGAGGCAGGAGAAGGGGUGCUGACGGGGCAGGGAGGGUGGAUCCAGGGCCGUGCUGAAGGUCACCUCCUUCUGUCUGGACAAGUCGAUGAACAUCUGAGUCUGUCGAUAAUGGACAAGGACAGUGGGCACUCCUUCAGAGGAGAUGAGGUAGAUUCCUCUGUUCGCAGCAGAGCAAGCCAGGGAAGAAGCCCUGACAGCCAUAAAUCAGCAGGGGGGGACAGAGGGGGGGCAGCAUUAACCACCAUGGUCAGCUGCAUCGAGGAGGCGAGAACCAGUCCUGGAGAAGGCAGUGUGGAGGCCGGGGACGGUCGGAGCCCAGGAGGAGGAGCGUUCAUGCUGUUCAGACGAGAUCCAGCAAAUCAGACAUCAGUAACAUCGACUCCACACACAACGGGGGGCACGGGACUCUACAGAUCCAGGAGGAGGGAGUUCGAGGCCUGGCUGUGCAAGGAGAACGAGCUCCUCUCAGGGAUCCUCGGCACGAAGGGGGCGGCGCUCAGUGCCAAAGAGGUCCAGAUCCGACAGGACACACUCACAGCUCUGAGGGCAGAAGUGGCCUGGGGUCAGGAGCAGUUCCAGCUGUUGCUCCAGGAGAGUCCGUGCAGUGGAGCUGGUUCUGGGUCAGCAGAGGAUUCGGACCUGGAGGAGCUCCGCUACCGCUGGAUGCUCUACAAGUCCAAACUAAAGGAUGUGGGAGAGGUCAGGGCCAGGACCAGGGCUAAGAGAGUCCAAGUCAAACCAGAGGAGCCGCCUGACGCAGCAAAGGUACAAAAGAGGCCCGGGCUGAUGCAGCGGGUGUGUCGGCUGGCUCUUCCUCUGUGGCUCCUCUUCCUCGCUCUGCUGCUGCUGGCGUUCCUGCUGCCGCUCAUGGACGAAGGCAACAGCUGCUCCCUCUCCAACAACUUCGCCCGAUCCUUCAACAUCAUGCUCCGCUACGAAGGACCUCCCCCCACAUAAGAACCCUCCUCCGACGGCACAAGAUACAGUAACACUUGCUCUCACUCCUGUAAAGGACCAUGGCUUACGUAGGACAUGUUAGCUGUACUACUUGAGAUCCCACAAUCCCCUAACCCUCGAUCAUCAUGCAUGACUGUACAUCAUCACAGCUCGAACCCUGUGUUCCUUCUGCAGCAAAUCAUUUCAAAUACUAAUCUAACUACUUCUAUUCCAGACCUUUUUUAUGUUUCCUCCUUUGAUAUUGUCUUCAUUAGGUUGGAAACCACUACCUAAAGUAGCACACACAUCUGCAAACAUCAAAUCCAACCGUCUAUGCACGCUGCAUACCAGACUACCAACCACAAAGGAACAAGAUUACAAUUGGACUACAUAUCCCAUGCUCAUUUUAAGACUUUCCAAAUACUGCAACAUAUGACUGUAGAAGAUUUAUCAUCCGUAAGCCUAAGUCAUUUUCUGUCGUCUUUCAAUGCCAUGACUUCCUGUCCAGUUUAAACGUGGUCGUCAGCUUUAACUUCUGUUCAUCUGAACCUUAAUUUAAAAAUCACCUGAAGACUCCAAAUCCCAUCAACCCCUCCUGCCUGCCUGUCACUUCAACAAGAAACAAGAACAUUUUCUCAUUUU